UUGGAAUAAAAACCCAGCUCUGUGUCGCCAUUUUGUUGUAGGUGUAAACCAUUCUGAGGCUUGGAUAAUUUCGUUUAUCUGCUUAGAUCCGUCCCUCAUCUUUACAAACUAGUUAUCUUUGUUUAAUUCAAACCUUGCCCAUUUGAACGGACCACGGAAAAAGGUUCGUUCUACGGGUCUGUUUCUUCUAAAUGGUUCCCUGCAGACAGCAUGUCUACACUGUCGGGGCUUGCAGCAAAAGGGGAGAAAGGAAAGUCAAAAUUUCAAUCACUAGACAUAAAUAACUUAUACAGGGCAAGUAGGGGAGAAUCUUUGGAAACCCACCAGCACAAGAACACAUCAUCCCGUCGCCAUGGCAUGCAAUCUUUGGGGAAGGUUCCCUCGGCUCGACGACCUCCAGCUAAUUUGCCAAGUCUGAAAUCUGAGUACAGCGGAAACGAUCCAGCAGUCAGUCUAGUGCCCAGUGGCGGAACAGGAUGGGGAAGCAAGCCAGGAGAGACUGGCCCUGCGCCGACACCGACAUCUGCGCCGACAUCGACUACAGCUACGGUGACGAGCGCGCCAGCCACCACUGCGCCUGUCACUGUCACGUCUCCGCCAACCACGGCCACUCCUACACCCACAACAACUACCAGCCAGGGACAUGUUGGCGACAAGUCUUGGAGCUCUAUCACAUCAAGCGGUACGGAGAACUCUCACUCCUACCUGGCUCACCAGUCGCCGUACUUCCAGCAAGAGUUUCCGUCUCUCUCUGGCGACGGGUCUCAGGGGAAAAGCGAACCCCAACAUCUACCAGGGCCCAGUCUCCGUCCUCAGACGGAGGGCAGCUGGAUGCAAGGGGGCGGCAGGCCUCAGGGGCAGACGGGAGCCGGGGCUGGCAACCAGCAGGGGACUGUUCCUGUCCCGGGCCCCCACCUCCCACAAGGGUUGGAUGUGGGUGGCGGACGGAGCAGCUUGGGCCCUUCUGGGGUGGCCGUGGGCCCGGCAGGCCCCAUGCCUCCACAUCACUAUCGGCUCAUGCCGCCAUUUAUGUUAAGACACAACCACCCGUCUGGAGGUUUCAAUCCCAACUUUCAGCAGCAUGGACCCCCUCGGCCACGGAUGCCCUACCCGCCUGAUACUAGGUUUAUGCCACCUAACCGUGGACCUUCAAAUGUAGAAGCUGAGGAAAUAUCCAGACCGAUUAUCAAGGAGGAAGAUCUCAAGGUUAUGGAUGAAAUCGCUCGUGAUACAGGCUGGGCCGGCCAUGAUGAAAUUGAUUAUAAUCAGACUUUAUCAUUCAGCGACGAAGAAAGCGCUCAGGACGACGUCAAGGCCAAGAGGUCUGCACAGGCAGACAAAAAAGAUGAUCAUAGAUACUCGGGCAAAGAUAUGGACAAGGAUGAAAAACUUAACAGAGAAAAUAUGCGGGAUCCAAUGAGUGACAAUAGAGAGCCUCCUAGAGCCUGGCAGCAGCAAAGACCUGGAGACUUCAGACAAGGAAUGCCCCCAGCUAUGAUGGGGUUCCCACCCCAGCCACCCCCUGCACGCCCCGUCCCUCACACUCAGGGUGGAAGACAAGGAGAGGAUGAAGAAGUAUGGCACGAGCGUCGCAGAAUGAAGAAUGAAGAAAUUGCAAUUGCAGUGGAAAGAGCAAAGCAACGUAAAGAAGAGGAGGAAAAGCGGUAUGAAGAAACCCGUAUGAAUGCAGCAAGAAAAUUGCUAAUCUUGGAAGAGAAAAUGAGGUCCAAGAGUGGAGGUGAAAAAGACGAGAACCGCACCUCUCCCGGUUUGAAUGUUCAACAUGGGUCCAAUACUCUGUUACCAGACUGGGAAAAGGACAAGGAUAAAAGUAGAUCACGCACGAACAGCGAGGAAAAAGAGGAUAAACCGCCAAAGGAAUAUGUGGAAAAUUUCAGAAAUAAUCAGGACAACCGAGGUAAUUUUGGCCGUGAUCGUGAGCGAGAGAGAGACCGGGACUUGAGACCUGAUAGGGAGCGAGAGGGGGGAGGUCAGCAGUUCUCGCGUCAGUUCCAGAUCAACUUGCCGCCGCGAUUCCAGAAACACGCAGCAGAACGGCCAGCAGCUUACUACAGACAGAACUCCGGUGGUUCUCCCCAACCUCCGCAUGAGAACAGGUGGUCAGUCGGCCCAGCCCAGUCUCAUUUUGGAGGUCCCGGAGGAAAUAUCAAAGGCCACAGGAAUCGUAAUGACAGUGACAUGUCCGAGAGGGACAGGGACGAUAACAAGGAAAACAGCCGAGAUAGAGAGAGGGGUGGCAAUGAAAUGGCUGUUGACAGAGAAAGAUUCAAUCGGCCUCCAAGCAGAGAUAGCCGGGAAAGGAGUUAUGAAGGCAAUUGGAAGAGUAGUGGAUAUCAUGAAGAUUCCAAUCGUAGGAUCUCUGAAAGUGAACCGAGUCAUGAUUAUGACAAUAGGCAGUAUGAAACGUUCCAAGAACCUGCAGAGAAAGUUAAAGAUAAAGACAAAGAUACAAGAUUUUAUGAUGAAGGAAGAGAAAUGGAAAAAAAGACAAGUGAAAACUUAAAGCCAGCUAAUUUGAUCCAAGAGGACCCAUUUGACGAGAGGGAAAAUGUUUACGACAAAAGUCGUGAGGAAGUCCAAAGUGAGCGGAGAGAGAUGCCUAAGAGGGAGGAGCAUCGGGAGCGGCCGCAGCGACCGGACAGCCGAGACAGUCGGGCGUCUAGGGACUCCCGCAACUCCAGGGACUCUAUCCGGGAGGAGAAAAUAAUUGAAAUAAACCCUGCAAAUGAGUCUGUGUCAUGGGCCGACUCAACCUACGAUGUUCAUCAAAAGGAAGACAAACGUAGAAAAGAUUUUAGGGAUGAACGUGAUUUGCGGAGAGAUUCUCAUCCUUCACAUCCUAUGCCGUAUCAUCCAAGACACAUACCUGGUCCGAUCACAAAAGAGAAGCUCGAAGCUUCUGAGAAAUCUGAUUCAUCUCGAAGUGUGAAUUUAGUUCCUUUAGUAAGAAAUGAAAACAAGAAACCUGAGUUGAAGAAAACUGAUAAUCAGUGGGAGGGAGGCAGCAGUGGCGACGCUUGGCAGAGAUUGCCUCCGACUCCGGCUCCUCCACCUCCAACAGAGUCUUGGGUGGACAUGACCUCAUCCAGCCACCCGGCCAAUACUGAACCAACCUCUGUAGAUGCUGGUCAAGGAGACGUGAGCGAAUCUCAAAAAGCAGAAGCCAACGAAGUGAAACCACCCGCCAAGGUACCAGAACGAGACGAAGAGACACGAGAUAGCAGGCCAGACCGUCCCAUGGGUCGAGGUGGCAAUCGCAGUAUGCGCGGUGGUGACAACAGAGGCGUCCGUGGCUGGGGAGGCAGUAGCAGCUACUUCCGAGGCACCUCAUGGCGUGGGGUAGACCGAGGCCGCAGGUCGCAGCAGCGCCGUCCCCACAUGGGUCGGUCCGAGCCGUGGCAGCAUUCGGAGUCCGAGGACGAGGUGUCUGCUUCCACUGAAUCUGGGAAGGAAGACAAACGGCAGGACCAAGACCGCAAACACUUUCCCAGGUCUCCAAAACAAGGAAGUAAAAAGACUGAUAAGGACGACAGAAUAAAAGAUUCUAAUCGCAAAAUGGACAAUGAGAAAGACUACGGUAUGAUGAAUGACAAUCGUCGUUAUGAAAAGAAGGGAAUGUACGACAGUCACAUGGAGCGAGGGUUCCCACCGAGGGGCGAACCUUCAAGGAGAGGACGAGGAGGGGCACCGUUCCGAUCCAAAGGGUCAUCCACAAAUGUGGGGCGACGGAUGGACGGCUAUGGACCUCCGACAUCCAAAAAACCAUUCUCAGAAUCGGGUCAGCACUUGGACGAUGACAAGAAGUCUGAUGGCAACUCAACCCUCAGCAAAGAGGAGGCGAUGAGCAAACUAAGCCUGGACGAAAAGAUGAAGAUGAACCAGCAGCAUUUGGCUGCAGGAAUUAUAGGGUCAUCUCGUCUCAACUCAAACAUGCCUCCUCGUCUGAGGAAGAAGUCGGACAGUGACCGACGCGACCGUAGGCCACAGGAUCGCAGAGGACCAGUGAAAAGUGGCUCGGGCUCCGGGGGUGAAGUAGACGAGGCUUGGGAGACAACAAGCGAAGUGAGCGACCGCGAGGACCAAUCAGAUAAUAGAGACAAGUCAUACGGUCACUCUGGUCCUAGAGGCCGUAGACAUUCUCAGCCUAACCGUGGUGGACGAGACAAGCGUAGCGGAGGGUCGUAUGACCGGGAGUCUCGCAAACCUAUGGUCAAUGGCAACCUGAGAGGUCCCAACAAGUCAAUGGCUCCAAGGGACCAGGACAAACAGUCUGAUGACAAGAAACAGCCCAGACCUGACAACAAAGAUAAGAGGAACAAUAUGGAACGAAUUGAUAUCAGCAACACUGCCAGUGUGGUGGUUGUUGAUGGCCAACCAGGCGUUACUGUGGAGGAAGACCAAAGGGUUUUUGAUCCAGACAAUAACGGCUUCCAAGAAGUGCGCAGCAAGAAGAAUGUGAAGGAGAACCGUCAGCAAAAAGAUGAACCGCAGAAAGGGCCGAGAGAACGGAGCAAGCCGAGCAGACCGGAGUCUGUCGGGCCUCCGCCUAAGGGAUGGCAGAACGACCCACGUGGUGAACCCCGCGGAGGGCCCCGCACCAACGGCAAGCUGGCUCCCCGCUUCGCCAGGCUCCGAGAAACCACACGGCUGCAGAAGAUUGCUCAGCAUCAGCAAACUCAUGACAUUAACGAUUUGAACAAAGUCAAUCAAGUCACAGUGUUUCCUGUUAAAGAUUUGACAACCCCUGCUCCGCCUCCGCCGGUGAAUGCUUGGGACAAGCCUAUCACGGGGUCUCUGCGGACUGUGACACCGCCCCCAGUCUCUGUGGCCCCCCCGCCAGCCCCGCAACAGGAGACAAGCAACGUAGAGGUCAACGAACACGUGCAGUCCACCACUAGCAGCCAGCGUAGCAGCCCCAGUGGUGACAAGACUGUCGGCAAAUUUCCUAGAGAGCCUUCAGAAAAGGCAGUACUUGAUGGUACUUCUCCUCCUGUCCAGACAAUAAUUUUUGAAAACACAAACUUCAAGUCGGCACCUGUGGAUGUUGCAAUGAAAUCGAAGUACACAAACCAAAUCAAUAAGAAUCAGAGAACUGAUAAAUCAAGAGAGAGUAGGCCUGAGGAGGAGAAUGUAGGUCUAGGGUUCAAAUCUCCCGGACCAGAUAUGAAACUGCAGGACAAGGCAGAUCCUAUACAGAUGCCUAUGUCCUUCGCCAAGAAUGAAGACAGUGCAGACAUGAAGCUAGACUUCAGGUUUGACUCGGACCUGACACAGCUAACCGAUGACAAGUCCAGUAAGACCAUCGCUGCCAUGCAGAUGACUCGCUCUAUACAGUUGGCGGCUCAUUCCUCUACGGCAGAGUUGCAGUUUAAAGUGGCUUCUGUCAAGAAGGUGUGGGAGAACCCACCAGCCGUGCUGGAGCAUGGAGGAGAGGAGCACCCCGGCAGUAACGUGUCUACAGCAUCAUCCUUCACCCCCACCUUCGGCAACUCUGUGGAGCAAAUGGACCCCACAGUGGGCGAAGACAGCUCAGACGCAGUCUACAAUGCUGGUCAGCAGCUCCAAAACAACGCUAACUCCUACAACGGAACAGCUGUCCAAAGCAUGAUAAAGGCCGACCCGUCGACCAAUGUGUGUAAGCUACUUGCCCCGCAGGUGAAACCUCAACCCCAGGCGACGCUGCUCCCUCACACAGGGCCACUUUCACCCCCCGCACCGCCCGGCCCGCACAUCAACUAUCAGCCACAGGCGCAGUACAGCAGCAUCUCCACAAUCCCUUCUCCGCCAACAGCGUUCACGCCACAGCCUGAGCUUUAUCCUACAUUCCAAAUAAACAACGCACAGGUGAUGUCCAGUCAGAGCAGGUCGCAGUUCUCACAGUUCGGCCCGUACCUGUCGCAAGGCCUAGGUCAGACGUCGGGUUACAGCCCGCAGUCCAUGUAUCUGCAGCACACUGCAUCCCAGCCACCCCCGCCUUCUGCUGCCCCGCCUGAUAUAUUCCAGACACAGCUGUCUCAGUACAGGAUACAGCCUCCCCCGUACGCAACGUCUCAGCAGUUAAACAACAACCCUAACACUGUGAUGAUCUCGACCAGCUCAGCUUCUCUAAUGUCGGCCACUGUGAAGCCAUCGCCCAUUGGCAGCAAGGCGACGUAUCAGGCUCCGUCACAGCCUCCCCCGUCCCAACUGUACAUCUACCCAGAGCCGCAUCAGCUGCAAGUGCAGAGUCAUUUCCUACAGAACUCCCAGCUGGUGCAGAGACCUGCGCCCGCCUUACCUCCAUCAUCUGCUUCCUACUACUCUGCUAACAACCCCAUCACAGGAGGUGGGGCAGGAGGUUACUACCAACCAGGCAGUUCUAACAUGCAAGCUGCUCAGAAUCUGCAUCAGACCACCUUCAGUAUGCAAGGUUUCAACACACCCUCCCCUACCCCCACAGGCAUGAACAGCUUCGGAUCAAAUUUUCUGUCUAAUGGGUUACAGAUGGCGCAACCGCAACAGUAUUGCAGUUCGGCUCCGUCUUACAUCAAGUCUGCCGCAGAGCAUCAGGACGUACUCUCUGUCUUCUCCUCUCCAGCUGCCCAGAUUAAUUCUGCAAACGGCCGUAGUGCCCCCACCGGUGGGGGCAAGCCGUGUCCCCCCGGUGGUCCAUCGCAGCAACAGCCCAGCCCAACCCAGAACCACAAGUUCGCCGCGUAUCAACAAAAUAUCUCACCGACAACCCAGCUCCUAUGUGUUUUACAGAUGAUACAUCAACAACAACAGCAGCAGCAACAGCGAGGUGGUGUGAAUGUCCGAGUGACUCCGAGGUAUCCGGCACCUAUACAGCGACCUGUGAGCUACCAGCCAUCUGCACCUGUGCGACACCUGCCUCCGCCAUCGCGAGCGCGCUACAAGCCCACCCCCGCCUCCACGCCUCCCGCCACUGUCGCGACCACUGCUGCUGCUGCUCAUUACUAUACUACACAAAAUAAUUCGACAAAACAUGAAAAUUCAGAAAUGGAAACAAAAAAAGAAGCAACAAGCAAUGAUUGUGAGAACGGAGCUACAGCCGAAGUCCCCACGGGAGAGGAUUCAUCCCCUGCUAAUGAGUGAACCUCGUGCUUACUUUGCUCUGUCGUUGUAUUAGCGUUUAGUGUGCGUUUUGAUUUGACAACACUGACUGAGCAACAUUCACGUUGCGAGUGAAAGUGACUUAUUGUAUUGGACAAAUCCUCUCCACUUUUGGCCCCGUUGAAUUUGGAUUCUUCUCGUUCGGCUUUAACCGCCUACAGCUAUGUUCUAUGAUAAUAAUGAUGCAUUGGGAUAGGGUUAGGUAUGUAUCAAAACUGUUUGUUUAUAUAUAUUGUCUUUUUACUGAACGUGUAUCUGAAGAUUUUCCUACGACACCGAGAUCAGGUGCUUCAACAAUUUCGCUCGAAGGCGGCGUUUGACCGACCGAUAUUAGUACGAUUAUUAGAAGUCUAAUUUGUUUAAGCUUUCUCAAAUGGACAUUAUUCUUAAAACGGAUAAAUUUGUGUAUUAUGUGCGUAUAUUUAGUGUGCAUUUUUGUGUAUUUACAGGCAGAGACUAUAAAAUUGUACAUUGCUGAUUUGUUCUUUUUUCUAAAUAAAGGAUAAUGUUUAAAAUAUGUUGAGUUGUUUGGUGCCGAGGACAAUUCUGCGAACCUUAAGUAAGAUUAUAGGACUGACACAGACUUUCAUGGUCAAAUUUAAUGUGAUAAUACAAUUUAGUAAGAUUGUGUCUCAAAGUGUUCCAUGGAUGGAAUUAAAAAAUAAUAAUCGUUGCUCUGUUGGAGGCAAACUGAAAAUAUUGAACUAGCUAAAAGACAUGGACUCAACAUGUUCAUAUACAACAAAAUUGUGAUAUAUUUAACCAAGGCAUUAAAAAAGCCAAAGUCUGAUUUGGGUGUUAAGUUUUAUUUCUAUCUCCUGGUUUCAACAAAUUGUUAAUUUUCAUUUCUGGUUUUGAUUAUACUUUGGAAACUUUUUUGAAAAACCAUCGUCAGUACAUGGAUUUUUAGAUAAGCUCAAAGGCUAUCAGUGUCAUUUUCCAUAGUUGCAAUACAUUUCAUUAAUGACCAAUUAAAUGCAAUUCAACAUUUA